AUGUGGUCCCAGUGUAAUGCAGUGGAAGAGCUGUGCUGGAUUUCUUCUGAUGAAGAAGGAAAGAGGAAGGAGCUGAGGAUUCGGGGUCAUCAUCAGGGUUUGGAAUUGGCAGGGAGUGGAUGUGAGGGUCGUCAUGUCAAAACAGGCCAGCUUGCAGCCAUUAAGGUUAUGGACGUCACAGGGGAUGAAGAGGAAGAAAUCAAACAAGAAAUUAACAUGCUGAAGAAAUAUUCUCAUCACCGGAAUAUUGCUACGUACUAUGGUGCUUUUAUCAAAAAGAACCCACCAGGCAUGGAUGACCAACUUUGGUUGGUGAUGGAGUUUUGUGGCGCUGGCUCUGUCACUGACCUGAUCAAGAACACGAAAGGUAAUACGUUGAAAGAGGAGUGGAUUGCAUACAUCUGCAGGGAGAUCUUACGGGGGCUGAGUCACCUGCACCAGCAUAAAGUGAUUCAUCGAGAUAUUAAAGGGCAAAAUGUCUUGCUGACUGAAAACGCAGAAGUUAAACUAGUGGACUUUGGUGUCAGUGCCCAGCUUGAUCGAACAGUGGGCAGGAGGAAUACUUUCAUUGGGACUCCCUACUGGAUGGCACCAGAAGUUAUUGCCUGUGACGAAAACCCAGAUGCAACAUAUGAUUUCAAGAGCGACUUGUGGUCCUUGGGAAUCACCGCCAUCGAGAUGGCAGAAGGUGCUCCACCUCUCUGUGACAUGCACCCUAUGAGAGCUCUAUUCCUCAUCCCCCGGAACCCAGCGCCGCGGCUGAAGUCUAAGAAGUGGUCAAAAAAAUUCCAGUCAUUUAUUGAGAGCUGCUUGGUAAAGAAUCACAGCCAGCGACCAACAACGGAACAACUGAUGAAGCAUCAGCUUAUACGAGACCAGCCUAAUGAGCGACAGGUCCGCAUUCAACUCAAGGACCAUAUUGACAGAACGAAGAAGAAGCGAGGAGAAAAAGAUGAGACAGAGUAUGAGUACAGCGGAAGUGAGGAGGAAGAGGAGGAAAACGACUCGGGAGAGCCCAGCUCCAUUCUGAACCUGCCGGGGGAGUCGACGCUGCGGCGGGACUUCCUGCGACUGCAGCUGGCCAACAAGGAGCGCUCGGAGGCGCUGCGNCCCGGCCACCCCGCACCCCUGCACCCCUGCACCCCUGCACCCGAGGGUGUCAGCCGCGCUCGCCGCCCGGGCGUCCGCUGUGCGUCCAGCUGCCACCCUGGAGGCUGGGCCACCGCUGCUCGGAGCACACGCCCCUUGACUGCAGGGGAGAAGGAGGCCUGGCUGCUCCAGCAAACAAAGGCUCCCCUGGCUUUGGGUGGUGGCAGUGUGGUCACUCAGAAAAGCGGGCUAAGGCCUCCACCCCUUCAAGUCCUGCUCAUGUAG